UAAAAACACAUCAGACUCUCACUGUGGAUGAUAUAAAAACAUUGCAGCUGAAGGAGACCAAACCCAACAAACGCAAAAAUGCCUCUGAGGCUGGACAUCAAGCGCAAACUCACGGCUCGAUCUGACCGUGUCAAAAGCGUAGACCUUCAUCCGUCCGAACCAUGGAUGCUGGCCAGUUUGUACAAUGGCAGUGUCUGUGUGUGGAACCAUGAAACACAAACUCUGGUUAAGACUUUUGAGGUUUGUGACCUUCCGGUGAGAGCUUCCAAGUUUGUUGCCAGGAAAAAUUGGGUCAUAACUGGCGCUGAUGACAUGCAAAUCCGAGUUUUCAACUACAACACUCUAGAGCGAGUACACAUGUUUGAGGCCCAUUCAGAUUAUAUUCGCUGCAUCGCUGUGCAUCCCACCCAGCCCUACAUCCUCACAAGCAGUGAUGACAUGUUGAUAAAGCUGUGGGACUGGGAGAAGAAAUGGUCGUGCAGUCAGGUGUUUGAGGGCCACACACACUACGUGAUGCAAAUCGUCAUCAACCCCAAAGACAACAACCAGUUUGCUAGUGCGUCGCUGGACAGAACAAUAAAGGUUUGGCAACUGGGUUCAUCUUCUCCCAACUUCACUCUGGAAGGUCAUGAUAAGGGGGUGAACUGCAUUGAUUAUUACAGUGGAGGAGAUAAACCUUACCUCAUCUCCGGAGCCGAUGACAGACUGGUCAAAAUUUGGGACUAUCAGAAUAAGACAUGUGUGCAGACGCUCGAGGGACAUGCUCAGAAUGUGUCCUGUGUAAACUUUCACCCAGAGCUGCCCAUCAUCAUCACUGGAUCUGAGGACGGCACAGUCCGGAUCUGGCACUCCAGCACUUACCGUCUAGAAAGCACCUUGAACUAUGGAAUGGAGCGGGUUUGGUGUGUGUCUGGCUUGCGGGGCUCCAACAGCGUCGCAUUGGGCUAUGAUGAAGGCAGCAUCAUUAUCAAGCUCGGCCGUGAGGAGCCAGCCAUGUCAAUGGACACCAACGGAAAGAUCAUUUGGGCCAAGCACUCUGAGAUUCAGCAGGCAAACCUCAAAGCCAUGGGGGAUGCAGAAAUCAAGGAUGGUGAGAGGCUGCCACUGGCAGUCAAGGACAUGGGCAGCUGUGAGAUCUACCCUCAAACCAUCCAGCACAAUCCUAACGGCAGGUUUGUGGUGGUGUGUGGAGAUGGAGAGUACAUCAUCUACACCGCCAUGGCUCUGAGAAACAAGAGCUUUGGUUCUGCACAGGAGUUUGUUUGGGCCCAUGAUUCAUCCGAGUAUGCAAUCCGGGAAAGCAGCAGUGUGGUGAAGAUCUUCAAAAAUUUUAAGGAGAAAAAAUCUUUUAAGCCAGAUUUUGGAGCAGAAGGCAUUUAUGGAGGCUUCCUACUGGGUGUUCGAUCUGUGAAUGGUUUGGCUUUCUAUGACUGGGAAAACACGGAGCUGAUUCGACGAAUUGAGAUCCAGCCUAAACAUAUUUUCUGGUCAGACUCCGGUGAGCUGGUGUGCAUUGCCACAGAAGAGUCCUUCUUUAUCCUGCGCUACCUGUCAGAGAAGGUGGCCGCAUCACAGGAGAACAAUGAGGGGGUUACUGAAGACGGUAUUGAAGAUGCUUUUGAGGUUCUGGGAGAGAUUCAGGAGGUGGUGAAGACUGGUCUGUGGGUGGGAGAUUGUUUCAUCUACACCAGCUCAGUCAACCGCCUCAACUACUUUGUUGGAGGAGAGAUUGUCACCAUUGCUCACUUGGACAGAACGAUGUACCUUCUGGGAUACAUUCCUAAAGAUGACCGUCUUUACCUGGGUGAUAAGGAGCUGAACAUUGUUAGUUAUUCUCUCCUGGUGUCUGUCCUGGAGUACCAAACUGCCGUCAUGCGCAGAGACUUUGGCAUGGCAGAUAAAGUGCUGCCCACCAUCCCUAAAGAACAGAGAACCAGAGUUGCCCACUUCUUAGAGAAACAGGGUUUCAAGCAGCAGGCUCUGGCUGUGUCCACUGAUCCAGAGCACCGCUUUGAGCUGGCGCUUCAGUUAGGAGAGCUGAAAAUCGCAUACCAGCUUGCAGUAGAAGCUGAGUCGGAGCAGAAGUGGAAGCAGUUGGCAGAGCUGGCCAUCAGUAAGUGCCAGUUUGGACUGGCACAGGAGUGUCUUCAUCAUGCCCAGGACUAUGGAGGUCUUCUGCUUCUGGCCACUGCAUCUGGCAACGCCUCUAUGGUUGCCAAGCUUGCGGAGGGAGCAGAGCGGGACGGCAAAAACAAUGUCGCCUUUAUGACAUACUUCCUGCAGGGAAAAUUGGACAACUGUUUGGAACUUCUGAUCAAGACCAAUCGUCUGCCAGAAGCAGCCUUUCUUGCCCGCACAUAUCUACCCAGUCAAGUUUCCAGAGUGGUGAAGCUUUGGAGAGAGAGUUUGUCUAAAGUGAAUCAGAAAGCAGCAGAGUCUCUGGCAGACCCCACAGAGUAUGAGAACCUGUUCCCAGGCCUGAGAGAGGCUUUUGUGGCAGAGCAGUACCUGAAAGAGACCAGCCUCGGCCAAACCAGACCUGCCUCUGACUACCCACUCAUCACGCCUAAUGAAGAAAGGAACGUGCUGGAGGAGGCCAGUGGUUAUGAACCCAAAGGAAUUCUCCCUGCUCCCACACAGCUGAAGCAGGAGGUCUCGGAGGAUGAAGAGGUUUUGGCCUCAGUCUCAUCAGUGUCUGCUGUGAGUUCUGCACAGUCCCAACCUGACCCGAAGCUCCAAGAGAAGACAGAAGAAAAAACUCCUGAAAUUACAGCAGCAGAACAGAAGGUCAUCGAUGAACUUGAGGAUGAUUUGGAUAACAUGGAGCUUGAUGACAUCGACACUACAGAUGUCAAUCUGGAUGACGACUUCCUAGACGACUAAACCAUCUGCACUGAAGCAUUGAGUUUAUUUAAGUGACCAAAUGUUUUGUUUUGUUUUUUCGUUGCUGUUAGAAAUGCAGAGCUGAAGUCGGACUGGGUUCAUUAUAAACACGUUUUUUAGGCCGUACCACCAAUGGAAAAAAAAUGUCUGUGAUCUCUUUUUUUUUUUUUUUGUACUUCUUUCUGGACCUUCAAUUGACAUUUUACCUGUACAUCAAGACUUAUUGACCAUGACAAUUCAUGGUGCCAUUAUUCAUAAUAAAGAUAACUACUAUACUAA